UUGGCUCAAGCCUCUAGUUCCUCUUAGCUAGCGUUCCGCUGCUAGAGUCCGCACGCGAACUCCUGCAGAAAGAUGGGCAAGAAGGACGAGGAUGAGCCAGUGGAGGAGGCCGCGGAGGAGGAGAGCGACGACAGCGACUCGGACGACGAGGCUCCCAACCUCGAGGCCGCAGACGGGAAGGGCGGCGGCAGCACCAAGCAGAACAGGUCCGAGAAGAAGAGCCGGAAGGCUGUCCAGAAGCUCGGCAUGAAACCCGUGCCUGGCAUCGUGCGCGUGACCGUGAAGAAGUCCAAGAACAUCCUCUUCGUCAUCUCCAAGCCCGACGUCCACAAAGCGCCGAACUCGGACACCUACAUCAUCUUCGGCGAGGCCAAGAUCGAGGACCUCAGCGCGCAGGCCCAGGCCUCGGCCGCGCAGCAGUUCACCCAGGCCGGCGGCGCGCCCAUGGACGUCGCCAAGGCCAUGGGCGGCGACGGGUUGGUCUCGGUUGGAUUCGCUUAUCUCGGGUGGUGUACCAGGUGUGGGGGCGGUGGCACGCGCCGGGGGUAG